AUGACACAAAUUAAUGAAAUAGAGUUUAUUGAAGAAACUGAAUAUUUCAAGUUUCAGCAUGGGGCCUCUUUUUGCAUAUUAAAUGAAGAAAAUAAAAGAAAAAACACAACGGGAAAAAAAGCGGAAAGCACAGUGAAAAACACAACGGAAAGCUUAAAAUUGGAAAAAGAUAGCAUUUGUAACAUUUUCAUAAUUAGCAAUGUAAAACAAAAAGGGUUAUAUAUAUUCAAUGAAAAAAUAAAUAUUUUUUCCUUGUCUGAUUUUUUAUACAAAAUUGAUAAUGUUAAUGAAAAUAUAAAUAUAAAAUCAAUACCUUUCUUAGAAAAACCAAAAUUAAUAGAAAAUAAUAAAACAGAUGAUUUAUGUUUUAUAUAUACUGAUAAACAAAAUAUAUAUAUAUUUGACUAUGCCACUGAUGAAGUUAAACUAUACUGUAAAAUUGAUAUAUCUAUAAAAGGCUUCAAACACAUAGAAAAAUAUUCCUUUUUGGUAUUGAGCGAAACAGAAGAGGUAUUUAUUUUGAGCGAAAAAAUUAUGUACAAAUGCAACCAAUUCAAUGAAAAAAUUAAUAAUAUAGAUGAAAAAGAUAAUGUGUUUUUAUUUUCACUUAAAGAUACAGAAAAGUUUAUUUUAAAAGAUGAAGAUAAAUGUAUAACUUAUAAUUUAGAUAACAUUAGUAAAAAUAUUGAUAUAAUAUAUGAGACAUGUAAUAUAAUUAGUACAAAAUUUUUACAAGUUGAUACAAAAAAAAAAAUAUAUAUAUUAUUUGUGGUAGUUUUAUAUAAAGAUGAUAAUGAUGUAACAACAGUUACUUAUGAUAUCCAUAUAGAAAAUUAUGAAAUAAAAAAAGUGAAUUAUUCAAUUAAUGAUUUUUUUUUUGAAAAUUAUAAUAAAUUAUCUUUUAUUAAAUCUGUGUAUAUUAGUGAGUGGCAAAUUUUAAUUGCUAUUUCAUCCGGAUCAUGUGAAGUAGUUAUAUAUACAAAUAAUGAUAAAUUUAUUGAAACAGAUGUAAAAAAUAAUGAUUUAAAAAUAUUAUGUAUAAAAGAAGGUUAUAAAAUAAAUACAAGAGAAUCAAAUACGUUUUUUUUAUCAUUAUUUAUUUAUUCUAAAUAUAUAGAUAAAAUUUAUAGGAAAAGUAAAUUAGGUAAUGUUCCAUGUUUACAAAAUCCUGUUGUUUUUUUUUUGUUACAAGAAAAUAAAAAAAUUGUAAUUGAAUAUUUAGAUCAAUAUAAAUUAGAAGAUAAUAAUGAUGAAAUUUCUCAAAAUAAUAAUAAUCAAAUAGUUGAAAAUGAAAUGAAAGAAGUUAGUUUAUUUAUGCCUUUAAAUCAUGACAUUAUAGAAAUAUAUAACCCUACUAUUCUAAACUUGUUUAAUUUUUUUAAUCUCAAACAGAUAUUACCAGAAAAAGAUAAUACUACAAUUGGUAAAGAAAUAAAUGAAGUUAAGAAAAAAAAGGAAAGUAUAUUUGAAAUAUUUAAAGGGAUUGGGAAAAAGGAGGUGAAAGCGGCUCAAGAUGAUACUGUCAAAAAAAAUGAGGUGGACAAACAAAAUGAGGUGGGCAAACAAAAUGAGGUGGACAAAAAAAAUGCGGUGGGCAAACAAAAUGAGGUGGACAAAAAAAAUGCGGUGGGCAAACAAAAUGAGGUGGGCAAACAAAACGAGAUGGUAUCUAUGAUGGAAUUUCCUGUAACUUUUAGUGAAGAAAAAAAUAGCCCAUUAGAAAAAAUAAUACAGACACAAAAAGAAAUAAAAAAAAAUUCGAUUAUUAAAUCUAAGGAACAAAAUGAUGAAAUGAAUACAAACAAAAAUCUUUAUGAAAAUAAUAAUUUUGUUGUUAAAAAAAUAUUAAAUAAAUAUAACAAAUUUUUAAAUAUUGGAAUGUAUUUACCAGAUGAUAUAUUACACAAAGAAAAUAUAUAUAUCAUAGAAAAAAAAAAAAUUCCAAAAAUGAGUAGAAGGAAAAAAGAAUGUUACUAUAAUAAAAAAGAAAAAAAAAUUGUCUUAUUAAAUGUGUAUGAUGAUGAUAAACAAAAUGAAAAAUCUCCAAAACAAAUAAAUAAUGUUCAAGAAAAAGAGAAAUCCGAAUUUUAUGAUUAUUUUCAUUGUGAAAAUUUUGAUUUUUAUAAAACUGAAAAAAUAUCGGAUGAAUAUUGUGAAAAAAUUGUGAAAAAAAUAGAAAAAAAACAAAAAUUUUUGUUUGAUAUAAAAAAAUUGUUCGUUUCUCAAAAGGAAGAUGAUAAUAUUUAUUGUGAUGUAGAUAGUGUUGAAGAAAAUGACGAAAUUAUAGGAAACAAAUGUGAGGAGAGAAAAAAUUGUGAAAUAAAAAUGUGUAUAUCAAAAAAUGAAAUGGUUAAAUGUUAUAAAGAUUUAGAUUCUUAUUUUUCUAAAAAUAAAUUAUUAAAAGUUAAUACAGAAAUUUAUGAUAUAUUAAAUAAGACAGAUAAUAGAAAUAUGCUAGAAAUCGUUUUGUAUAAUAUAUUUUUACAAGGAGAUUUAAAAAAUUGUGAAAAUUUUAUUUAUUUUAUUUUAAAUAAUUCAUAUAGUUCUUCACCCUUUUCUAACUCAUUUUUUCUCCUCGAAAUGUUUAUUUAUAAUUUUUUGCGUCCUUACAUAAAUAAAGCAAAAAGUAGAUCGAAUAACGAACCAAACGAACAAAACAAACAAAAAAAAUCGAAUAAAGAACAAAAUUGCAAUUCUCAUAAGAAUGGUCAAAUAUACGAUAAAGUUGAAAAAAAAGUAAAAUAUAAAAUUGGUAAAGAAAAUGAUAAAAACAAAAUAAUAGUAAAGGAUAGUGACUAUAGUACCGAUAAUAAUAAUUAUGAUAUUAUAUGUAAAAAAAACAAAAAUGAAUAUGUUUCUAAAGUUAUUCCUCUUUUUUCUAAUAUAAUUAACGAGGAAUAUGAAUUAAAUUUAUUUCAAUUAAUGAAUUACAGUAUUGACUUUUUAAAUAAUCAAAUUUGUAAUUUUUUUUCACAUAAAUUAUUACCAAUUAUUCUUGAAAACAAUCUUAACAAAAUAUAUACAGACUUGGAUUUAAUAAAUCAUUAUAUAUAUAACGUUAUUUUAUCUCAAAAAAAUUAUAUCAAAAAAUGA